GGUCAUGUGAGCGUGAUAUACUGCUCCAGAGUUCCAGAGCAGCGGUGGGACACCGGAGAGACAUGUCACCGUCCGACUGCAGCGCCCUGCCGGGCUAAACGGAAGGAGUUCAGUCCGACAACGGGCACCACCCCUACGGGCAACAGCACGGAGAGUUCGGAACGUUUGGUGACUCCAGACCUUCAGGGCGGUGUCCUGAACUGGAUUAUUAAUUCUAGAAGCCAGGAUGUCAAAGUCUGCUCUCCUGAAGGUCAUCCUCCUCGGUGACGGUGGUGUGGGUAAGUCGUCUCUCAUGAACCGCUACGUCACCAACAAGUUUGACGCCCACCUGUUCCACACCAUCGGCGUGGAGUUCCUCAAUAAAGAGCUGGAGGUGGACGGGCAUCGUGUCACCCUGCAGAUCUGGGACACGGCGGGACAGGAGCGCUUCCGCAGCCUCCGCACGCCGUUCUACCGCGGCUCUGACUGCUGCCUCCUUACCUUCAGUCUGGACGACGGACAGAGCUUCCAGAACCUGGCCAACUGGAAGAAGGAGUUCUCCUACUACGCUGAUGUCAAGGACCCGGACAGCUUCCCUUUUGUGGUCCUGGGAAACAAACUGGAUGUUCCGGAACGCCAGGUGUCCGGGGACGACGCUCGGAAGUGGUGCCGCGAAAACGGUGGACAUCCGUACUUUGAGACGAGCGCCAAAGACGCUACAAAUGUAGCCUCAGCGUUUGAGGAGGCUUUUCGACGAGUUCUGGCGUCAGACAACAGAGAUGAUCACAUGAUCCACACAGACACAGUCGAUCUGCAGAAGAAGAGUCGUCAAGGAUCUGGCUGCUGCUGAGCCCAGCCUCGCGGGGUUCGGAGGUCACAGGAAGAGGAAACCAAGGUUGCGUCUUUUUUACUCAUCAGCCUUUGUGUUUCAGACCAAAACAGAUGAUUUAUGGUCUUUUAAAGCAAAUUUGCACCAAGAAAUCUGCAACAUUUUUUAAAAACAAAAAGAUUUUCAAACCUUAAAGAGGUUUUUGUGACAAACACCAAGACCAACAAGACCUGAAGGGACGAUUGGAGCUAAUGCACAUUUUUAUCACCUUUAUAUGAUUUCUCGUCAUGGCGGGUCAUGCUGAAGAGAAACUGCCACAAGUACUUCCUGUAACACAAGCUAGAAGGCUCAUGUGCAGUUGGAACAUUAAAAUGACUCUACCUAAGGUCCGUAAAACUCACCACAACUCUAAACGAAGCCCAAGUAGGCUGAGAACAUCUGAAAAAGCAUCUUUUUCUUCAAUAUUUGGUCUAAUUUACCCAAAACUAAUCUGAAGGUUACAUAAUGAAGUUAUAGUGGUUAUGUACUGUAGUUUAUAAAAGUAAAAGUACUGUUUACA